AUGGCACCUCAAUAUCCAAACAUCUCAUCCCGUCGCUCGAGGCCCCGGCAGGCGAGGCCUGUCCUGAGACCUUCUCGCGAGCGGAGCGAUGUCACCCGGCGGCUCGGACAGCAUGCACUGCGGAACGCAGCAGGCAGGUAUCCACAGCAGCGGGAGCCGCAUGGCGGGAGAAGCAGCAGCAGGAACGGGCAUGGCGGGCAGCAAGGAGGUCGCGGGAGCGGAAGCCAGCACAGCGACGGGGGCUCUGGGCUGGGCCAGGCGGCAAUGAGCAUGUUGGUUGGCCAGUUGCUCGAGGAAGUCGUCGACUACGUCGUCCGUCACAACUUCUUCCGGCGCCAGAAGGACUCGCCAUCCGAGGAGGCCGCAAAGGGUACGGCCACGGCGACAUCAGCAAGGGCAGCCGAACAGCAGCCGCAGCCGCAGCCGCAGCCACAGCCUCACUUACAGCAGUCCCCGUCCCAGUCCUCGCUCGAGGAUAGGCAGCGGCGCCGCCGCCACAGGCGGGGCGAGGUUCUCAUGAGCUCGCUAGACCGGCUCUCGGCCGAGCUGGAGACGACGUACGAUGCGCUGAUGCGCGUCAGCCAUACCCCCACGGCUCAAAUCUCCUCGGGCGAUGAGCCCCUGAUCUCGAACGUCGAUGAGCUGCGACGGGCCAUCACCCGGAGCCUGGCCCGGAUAGAGUCUGUUCGGCACCAUCAUCGAGCUACCAGGCGAGGAUCCAGGAGUGUAAGGGCCACGAGGAGGGGUUCGACCGUUUCCAGGGGUGGGUCUGAUGCUCGGUAG